GACGAGGGGCAGGGGGAGACCUUUCAGGCGGGCAGGCCUCCAGCGGCAGCCUGGGAGCCAGCCACCGGGCUGGGCGGCCUCGCGUUUCAGCUUCUGUUCGCUUCUCCUGUAACGGAAAGUCGCUCCGCACAAAGCUAGACCGCUGGUUCUUUCCGGCGCCCCUCCCCCGCCCGCCCCUCCGCAGCCUUCGGAGGGACAGCGGCCUGUCCCAGACGGCGGAAGGAGAGCGGUCACACGUGGCUGCCUACUAUGUCCCCCGCUUCAGGCCCUGGGCCCAGGUGGUUACUCUUUUCCUUUGGAAUGGGGCUGGUGUCGGGCUCCAAGUGUCCACCUAACUGUCAGUGCCAAGCCCAGGAAGUGAUCUGCACGGGGACCCAGUUAACGGAGUACCCCCCUGACAUCCCCCUGAACACCCGGCGGCUCUUCCUGAACAAUAACAGCAUCACCUAUUUGCCAGCCAUGAAUCUCGGACUCCUCAGCGACCUCGUCUACUUGGACUGUCGGGACAACCUGAUCAGCGAGGUGAUGGAUUACACCUUCAUUGGGGUCUUCAGGCUCAUCUACCUGGACCUCAGCUCCAACAACCUGAGCUGGAUCUCCCCGUACAGCUUCUCCACGCUCGGCAACCUGGUGCAGCUGAGCAUCGCCAACAACCCGCACCUGCGGACUCUGAACAAGCACACCUUCGCCAACACCAGCUCCCUGAGGCUCCUGGACCUCAGGAACACCGGCUUGCAGACCUUGGACCACAGUGCCUUCCAACACCUCCUCACGCUGCAGACCCUGUACCUGAGCGGGAACCCCUGGAAGUGCAACUGCUCCUUCCUGGACUUCACCAUCUACUUAAUCGUGUCCCAUCUGAAGCACCCAGACGAUCAGAACGCCACGUGCGUGGAGCCCACCGAGCUGGCCGGCUGGCCCAUCACGCAGGUGGGGAACCCGCUGCGGUACAUGUGCAUCACCCACCUGGACCAGCAGGACUACCUCUUCCUGCUGCUCAUCGGCUUCUGCAUCUUCUCGGCGGGCACCGUGGCCGCCUGGCUCACGGGCGUGUGCGCCGUGGUCUACCAGAACGCCCGGCGCAAGUCGAGCGAGGCGGAGGACGAGGACGAGCACGGGCAGCCCGUGGAGGUCAGCAGGCGCAUCUUCCAGAGGAGGUCGGACUCCGGCCAGGACGGCUUCCCUCAGUUGAUCUAGCGCCAGGGGCCACUCUCAGGCCUGCCCUCCAGGCCCCCCUUCUCUCCCAGCCGCCCCCACUCCUGUUGAGCUGUCGUAGAGGCUGGAGCCUAUUAGUAAAAUAAAGUUCUGAU